AAUUGAGUGGGGCUAGCUUGAACUUAACUGAGACGGGCUCGAGCCAGCUCCCUAAUGGGCUUGGCUCACUUGCACGCCCUAGUCCCAUCUACCCUUUUCCCUUCUCUGCUCGAAACCCUUGCCCUGAUCGCUCCGCUUCUCCCGAUUUCGCCAAAGACCCUUACCCUCUCCGGCUUGCCUUCGUCCCUAUCCCCACUCCCGGUUUCGCCCAAAAGCAUCGCCUUCCUGACCGAACCCUCUCCAUACAGUCGCAGUUAGAGCUGACUGGGAAGGUAAUGGCGGGAUCGCGGCGUUCGGAGACCCGAAACUCCUAUCUUUCUUCUCCUUUCGCACCGCUCCUAUCCGAAACCAUGGAGAGAGUUGGAGGAAGGAUUUAGGUCAAAUCCGAGUUAAACCUUGCUCUUAAUCCGUUACCAGACAGCCCCUUGGAGUUUGUCCAAAUUCACUGGAAGGUUCAAUCUUUGAGGGAUUUCCAUUUGCUUCAAUGGGUAGCAAGAAGAGGCAACCUAGUGCUGUUCAAGAAUCAUAUGAAGGUGAAAUAAAUAAGAAUAAUACUCCUAAAUAUGAUAUGGAAAUCCAUAAGGAGAAAAUCAACGAGGAUAAAGGUAGUUUUGCCCCGCAGGCUGCAUUACAGUCCUUGAAACCCAUGGAAAGGAAGAAGAAGAGAAAGGUGAUGGAUAAAGAGAGGCACCGAUUUGAAUUUGAGGCCAAGGAGCCUUCAAAAGCUAAAAAUACCGGUGAAAAUGUUUCUGUUCCUCAAAUGCAACUGUCUUCUCCCCUAAAAAGUGAUCUUCCUGGGUUCCAUAUUGACGUAUUUAGGAAUCUUGCUUCUGCUGAUUCAUCAGUUAGAGAGGCUGCUGCGGAAAAGUUGGUGAUAGAAUUGGUUGAGGUUCAAAGAGCUUAUGAGCAGCUAACAGAUGCAAAAGAUGAGGAGAAUUCACAGCUUGAAGCGGAAAAGGAUGAUGGUCUAGAUGGCUGUGCUCCCUCUUUAAGAUAUGCCAUUCGUCGGCUUAUUCGUGGUGUUUCUUCUUCACGGGAGUGUGCAAGGCAAGGGUUUUCCUUGGGUUUAGCCAUUGUUGUUGAGAUGAUUCCUGCAGUUAAACUAGUUCCUGUAAUGAAGCUGAUUAUUAACUUAUUGGAAGUUUCUUCCGCUAUGAAGGGUCUGGAAGCUCGAGACUGUUAUUUAGGAUGCCUUUUUGCAUAUGGAUCGCUUGCUAGAUCACAUCGAUUAGCCACAGAGUGGAUUUCUGAUAAAAAUACGCCUGUUUUGAAGGAAUUUACUAGCACUGUGAUCUCUCUUGCACAGAAGAAACGUUACUUGCAUGAGCCAGCUGUUGCAAUAAUAUUGGAUAUGUUGGAAAAGCUACCUAUUGAAGCUAUUAAAAAUCAUGUUGUUGUGGCUCCUGGCGUGCAUGAGUGGCUUCAGAAAGCUCUCGAAACUGGAAAUCCCGAUGCCUUAUUUUUUGCAUUGAAGUUACAAGAAAGAGUUUCAUUGGGAAGGGAAACUUUUGGCGAGCUCCUUCCACAUCCUUUUAAUGCUGAAAACUUCUUUUCUGGAGAGAAUCUGCAACAUCUGGAAAGGUGUUUCAAGGAAUCAACCUUUUGUCUGCCCCGCUUACACAGUAUUUGGCAAGUUCUUGUUAAUAUGCUUAUACCGGAAGCUAGAUCUCAAAUUGAUGUAGAAAUGCAUUGUAGCAUAAAAAAUAAGAAGAGCCGCAAAUGCAGUUCUCAAGAAGAUAUCAUUAAAAAUAUUAGGUGUUUCUGUGAAGUGGUUAUUGAAGGAACUCUUCUUCAGUCAUCUCAUGAUCGGAAGCAUUUGGCACUAAACAUACUUCAGCUUCUCCUCCCACGCCUACCAACAUCUUGCAUUAAUAGUGUCCUCUCUCACAAGCUUAUUUACUGUUUAAUGGACAUCCUGUCAACUAAAAGUUCAUGGUUAUAUAAUGCUGCUCAACUUUUCAUGAAAGAAUUAAUUUGUUGGACUAACCUUGAAAAUGAGAGGUGUGCAGCAGUCAUUGUAUCCCUACAAAAGUACAGUAAUGGAAGGUUUGAUUGCAUCACAAGGACCGAUACGGUUAAGACGUUGGUCCAGAAAUUUACAACUUCCCAAGGUUCUUUGCAUUUUGUUCAUAAUUUGAUGAGUUUGUUUGUAGAUGAAGCAGCCAUUACUGAUGAACCAUCGGAUCAAAGUCAUACAACUGAUGAAAAUUCAGAAAUGGGAUCAGUAGAGGAUAAAGGCUCUCCAGGUGCUUCAGGAAACACGGAUCAUCUCAAGAAUUGGGUUAUAGAUUGCAUGCCUCGUGUUUUGAAAAAUUUGAAGGCUGGCGUGAAACUUGGCAUUUCGACGCAAACUGAAAUACAAAACUUUAUGGAGGAGAAAUUCAAGGUUCAAACAGAGAUAGUAAAAUUUCUAGCAGUUCAGGGUUUAUUUUCUGCUUCUUUAGGCACUGAAGUGACAUCAUUUGAGUUACAAGAAAAGUUUAAGUGGCCAAAAAUUGCCAGUUCUAGUUCUUUAUGCAAGAUGUGCAUUGAACAGCUUCAGUUGUUGCUGGAAGAUGCCCAGAAGGAGGAAACAGGUGGUUCUGUGAAUAAUCUUGAGUUGAAUGACCUUGGGUCGUACUUCAUGUGUUUCCUAAAGACUUUAUGCAGCAUCCCUUCUGUUUCACUUUUCAGAACUCUUAGUAAUGAAGACAAGAGAGCGUUCAAUAAAUUGCUAGCAAUUGAAUCUCGACUUUACCAAAAGGAAAGGAAUGUUGGUCCUGGGUUGGUUGCUAAUAAGCUGCAUGCUAUGAGGUACUUGGUCAUCCAGCUAGUGCUGCAGAUUCUCCUUUAUCCAGAUGACUUCUCUGAGGCUGCAUUGGAUUUUGUGGCAUGCUGCAAAAAGGUUUUCCCUUCCACUGAAAACAGUGAUUCCUCAGAGGAGGAAGAUGCAUUUGAUGAUAAUGAUAUGCCAGAGCUAAUGGAUGUCUUAGUAGAGACGUUGCUGUCAAUCUUACCUCGCUCUUCUGGUCGGAUGUGUUAUGUUGUUGAACAGGUUUUCAGGUUCUUCUGCAGUGAUAUAACCGAUUACGGGCUCCAACGUAUGCUGCGUGUUGUGAAGAAAGAUCUAAAACCUCUCCGGCAUCCUGUUAGUAGUGAUGGUGAUGAUGAUGAUGAUGAUGAAGAUGAUGAUGUUCUUGGGAUAGAAGACAUUGAUGAGAUGGAGGAAGUUAAGGCUGAUGAGAUGAGUGUUGGUGAAGAGCAUAAAGAUGAUUCUAAGGAAAUGGAGAAUGGUGGAGAAACAACUAGUAGUAAUGGAGAUGAAUCAGAUGAAGCUGAGGUGGCUGGCGUGGAAUGCAAGGAAAACAUUCACAGAAGUAGCAGAGAUGAGCCUUGUAAAAUAGUUAAAGCUGUUGGAGAUGAAGAUGAUGAUGCCAAGAGUGAGGCUUCUGACGACUCUGAUGGUGGCAUGGAUGAUGAUGCUAUGUUUCGCCUGGAUGCUUACCAUGCUCAGUUGCUUAAAGAACGAACUGGAAAUGACAACGCCUUCUCCCAGUUGAUCUUAUUCAAGCUUCGUGUUCUGUCACUGUUGGAGAUAUAUGUACAAAAGUAUCCAGGCAAAUCCCAUGUGCUGGCCAUUUACUCUUGCUUAGUACAAGCAUAUUCAAAAUACCAUGGCGUGGGUGGAAAUGAACAACUUGGACAACGCAUUAAUGGAAUUUUGCAGAAGAAAAUAAUUAAGGGAAAAGACUAUCCAAAAGAUGAAGACAUCCCACUUGAUACUCUUGAGAAACUGUUGGAUAAAAGUCUGAAAACAGCUUCACGAUCUCGGGUUAAGGAUAUAUCGUCUCUGGCACAGGCCUCUGCAUUUUGGCUGCUAAAAAUUGUGAACUCUAGAAAUUUCUCUGAAUUACAACUUAGCAGCAUUACACAAAUUUUUGAGGGUUUACUUGUAGAUUACUUUAAUAAUAGGAAUUGUCGCUUGAAAUCUGGGUUCAUAAAAGAGAUAAUUAGGCGGCAACACUGGCUUGGUCUCAAGCUCUUUAGAUUCCUUUUAGGCAAAUGUGCAACUACAAAAUCAGAAUUCCGACGAAUAGAAGCUGUGGAUAUGGUGGAUUGCAUUAUAAAGUCAGUGAUCCCAAGUAGCAAGGUUGCAAGAGAUAAAGAAGCAAUCAGUAAAUCUUCUAAACUACUGAAAGCACACCUACCUGAGCUGUGCGAUUUAAUUCAGCAGUUGCUAACCAAUUUUCCAGGAAAGCAGUCCCGGCGUGCCGAAGUUAGACGGUUUUGCACCAGGAUCUUGCAAGCUGUUUCCAUACUUAACCUGAAGAAAUCAUUUCGUAAGGCCAUGAAGCCAGAGGGUAUUUCUCUUUGUGAGUUGCAUCUUGGAAACACCUUCCUUUCCUUCCAAGCGCUGUGAAUGUGAAAGUAAAUGCUGAGUCAAGGAAUACAGAAAAUUCAGAGUGCAACCCAAGCAGUCUGAGAAGAGAUAACUUCGGUCAUUUGUGAUUUUGUCUAUUAUAGAGCUUGCUUAGCACUUUCCAUCAAUAAUUAAGGAUCGUCUCAUCCAGGUCUGGUAUCGAUACCAAUGGAGUUAUAUCAAUGUUGCUGAGAGUUUUUGAUUUGUUGGCUCUCCCAAUGCAGUUAGUUUUCAGUAUGGUGGCUCACACUGAUUCAAAAGACCUGAAUAAUGAGUUCUAUAGUGUUUGCAAGCGGAAGAGGGAACCUUUAAUGUUAUAAUGCAUUCUAUUCUUAUUUAUGUUUCUUUAUAUGUCGUAGUUACAGAAUGGUCAAAUCUUUUACUUUUAACGGCCGUUCUGUUUUAAGAUUUA